AUGGUUGACUACCUUGGUUUUGUCAUUUCACUGGCUGGCUUCUCAAUGGACCAGAAGAAGAUUAAGGCAGUUACAUCCUGGCCAGUCCCUAGAACUGUCAAACAAGUCCAGGCCUUCUUAGGAUUUGUAAACUACCUCAGAUGUUUCAUCCCAAACUUCAGCUCAGUGGCACACCCCCUAAACAACCUCACAAGAAAGGAAUCUUCAUGGUCAUGGGGUCCAUCAGAAGAAGCCGCAUUCCAGGAAUUAAAGGGUCUAGUCACCAAAGGGCCAGUACUCAUUCACUCAAACCUAGAGCUGCCCUACUACCUAGGAACAGAUGCAUUGGGGGUGGAAAUUGCUAUUCUUAGCCAGAGAGGUCCAGACAACUGGUUACACCCAAUUGCCUACGUAUCUAAAUCCUUCAGUGGUGCCAAAACAAAUUAUGACAUGCACAACAAGGAACUGCUGGCAAUCCUCAAAGCCCUAGAAGAAUGGCAGAUAUUCCUAGAAGCCACAGAUAAACUGAUACAGGUCUUCACAGAUCAUAGGAAUUUGGAGUAUUGGAUGAGUGCAAGAACCUUCAAUUGGAGACAUGCUUGA